CCUCUAUUGAAGAGCCUCCGGUGUGUAACGGACAGUCUGAGACGACUGAAGAGCCGCUCAUACUAGAGAUGUACAGUGCUCUCACGUGGAGUCACAGCUACCAUCAUCCUUAAGGCUCAUUCUCAUGUUGAUUUGAUUCAUUUUCACGCGAUUCAGCGCUUGCACAUUCCAUUAUAGCAGAAACGAAAUCUGAAGCAACGAAAUACUUACACAUUCCAUUGUAACAGCAACAGGGAAAAUUUUUUUUCCUGAAACAAUCGCCUGCAACGUAAGAAAUUCAAUCGAAUCACUCCACUAGCUACGCAGUAGAAUCUCUUUUUUCCUCUAACUUACCGAUGGUAUGGAAGAGGUCGGAGCAAACAGGCCGGGUGGUGCUCGAAUAGAGGGUGCCUGUCUCAGAUUCGAGCAGUCGGGGAUUAGAGUGGAAGUGGACCGAGUCGGUUUCCGACUUGGCUUCCGUCUAGUAACAAAAACUUAAGGCCUUGAUCAUCGAAUCCCUCCAAUUAAAUCUUUCAAAUCAUUGAAAGUUCCUCUAACUACGUGUCUUGGUGGAGUGAGCGUUAAAAUGGGCUUUUUUUCUAGGCCAAACUGUAUCAAGAUGAAGGUACUCUUUCAAUUUCAAAGUUCCUUAUCCUAUCCUCUGCCUCCAGACCUUUCGUUGUAACAAUAAGAGCUGGAGGCAGAGGACAGGAUAAGGAAAGACCAAACUGUAUAGUACUCUUUCAAUUUCACAAUUCCUAGUCUGGAGGCAGAGGAUAGGAUAAGCAAUUUCAAAAAACCUCUAACAGCAAGAGCUGGAGGCAGAGGAUAGGAUAAGGAAAGACCCACAGAGAAUUGGACAACUGCUGGGCAUGGGGCCACUGCGAGGAUGCUUCGGAGCAGGAGCUUUUGCGCAUCAUGGCCCACCACCUCCUAUGCCAAAACAAGUUCUCAAAAAGAAUGAAGAGGUGCUCGACGAGAUUUGGCCCUAUAGUGCGGCUCCUAACCGUAUUAAUGGUGGGAACUACAAGGAGAGUGGCAAAAGGAUAUCGGCAUCAGGAGCGACACAUCCAGUAGGAGGAACACCAGGAGGUUUGCCUGUUGGACAGAUAACUGGAAUCACGCCUUCUGCUCGCAGAGUUGUUCUGGGAGAUUCUUGGUUCGCAACACCACUGGCUGGAGGUUGUAAGAGGAUGAAACAAAUUGGGACAUCAUCUCUUGGCGCAGGUACGCCCGCAAGAGGGCAGGCUUCAGGCACAAUCGGCGAAGAUCUGCAUGGGCGCGGCAAGGUUCGUGAGCCAGGCUCAGGGGAGCAAGAUCGGGCAACGGUAGGGUCAGCAGCAGAAGUUCCAGACCAACAAAGACAAGGUAAACUGCCGUCAACACAGCGGAGACGACCUUUAAGAUCCCGAUUUGGAGACGCAGUUGCGGGAGAACUUCGUCGGCAAGAAGAGCAACACCAUCUUCCACCUAUCGCGGAAGUGGGCGAGGAGGCAGAGGACAAUGAGCAAGAAUAAUGUAGUAGUUCUAGUACCUAGCUGGCUAUCUGUAUCUAUACUGUACUAUUUACUGGCUUACAAUGUUGACUAAGGCAAUUUCAGACGACCCAUACGCGAUCUUCAUAUGAGAAAAUGUAGAAUAAGUACCCUCUACUUAAAAGUUUAUCUUACUUAGAAUGGAGAACAGGCCCUUCGCAAUGUAAACGUUUACUACAGUGACUGAUGUAGAAUUGGCGUAUUGUUACCUCAAGUAGUACAGACUGUUAUUUUUGUUUUAUGUAGCGCGUGUCAAUGUUAUGUUCAUUCUUGGUUGCUCUUGCUCAGUUCUGUUAACACUUUUUCUCAUGAAUAUGAAUAUUUCUUCGUUCACAGUAUUUUCCUGUUUUUCUUCUACUACAAAAUAAUUUAUUACGCCAAGGUAUCUUGUUUUUCUCUUCUUUACUUGUUUCGCACUACGUAUUUACAGUUAUGUUCUUUUUUUGGGAGCACCUCCUCCCUGGCCCUUCAUGCUUUUCUGGGAAAAACCUACUCGAUCCAUAACAAGGACGAACCUAUCAUUGAAGAAAAGGCGAGAAACGGUAAGGAUCCCACUAAGGAUCACUUUCCGCUACCUGCUGUC